GAAUCGACGAAGAUUUCUUAGUAGAUGAUACGAAUACUAAUUUUUAGUCGGUUUGACGAUUAUUUGGUCGGUAGAGUCGAAUUUCUCAUACUAUGACGUCACUCCGGAGGCCCUCUAGUGCCCUCUAGCGACCGAUUCCGACUCCUCCACCCAAACACAGCCAGCCCAGCCAGCUGGGUGCUGACAUUUGACAUUCGGGCCGAACCUUUAACCUCUUACGAUGGACAGCGCCGAGUCAGUGGAGGCUAUUCUAUCGGCGUGGGAGCUGGACCAGCUCACUCCUGCAUUUCUUGAGCAAGAAAUAUCGUUGCAUAUGUUGGAAACCAUAGAUGGAGAACUUCUCAAAGAAUUAAUACCGAAGAUUGGACAGCGAAUGAAAUUCUUGGAAAAAAGAAAAGAGUUCUUUCUAAAUAAGAGUCAAAAUGUUGGCGAGCACUCUAUGUCCUUGGAACCGCAGUCUCUGUCUGGCUGCUCAAUUCAGGCCCAGCGUCCUGUGUCAACAGCAACAACAGCAACCACCACUUCUAGUUCUGUUUCUGCAAUGAAGUCUGUUGCGUCAUCUUCUCAAUCAGCUUCAACUUCCUCAUUUGUGAAACAAGUUGCUGCUCGAUUUUGCUUAAACAAAUUUAUCGCAGAUAUUGAUAUUAAUGCAGUUUGUGGAAAACACAUAACAGCUGAUGCAGCCAUUCAGUUUUAUGCUAAAAAUUCUAUUUUAACUGGCACAAAUCAGACAGCAAUAGUAGAUGCCCUCAUGACUCAUCUAUACACUCAUGCAAGAGACUUUGGCUGUACAGAUAGAUUACCGUUUCAGGAGUCACCUGAGUUUUCCUUGGAAAGUGCUUAUGAAGUAAGGGAGAAGUUUAUGGAGUUGUUCGUCGCUCGUCCUUUACAAUGGCAGUUCAAUAUGCUGCCUGAUGUGAGCAAUGUGUAA